AGAAGGGAAUGUUGUUUUGCUUUUUUGUGAAACAAACAAAGAGAAAAGAAAAAUUAAAAAAAGAAAAGAAAAACCCCUUGUUCGGGUUCUUAUAAUCUCCGUGAUUGAUGCUUUUUACCAGUCUUCAUUGCUGAGAUAUCUGCUCUACACGUCAAGGGCAUCACAUGGCUGGUUCUGAAAGCGGAAAUGACCCUGAAUGGAUAGAGAGAGUAAAAUCAGGGGGAGCUGUUCCACAUCUUGACCCAGAAAAAUGUACAAAUGGUUGGGCAUCUCCACCAGGUAACAGGUUUAUGGUAAGAGGUCCAGAGUACUUUUCCAACAAGGUUAAAAUCCCUGCUGGUGAGUAUCUUUUAAAGCCUAUUGGAUUUGAUUGGAUUAAAAGUUCUACAAAAAUUGGGGAGGUCUUAAAACAUCGGAAUAACCGUGUUGGGAAGGCUAUUGCACUUGAGUUUCCAGAUGGUGAUAAGCCUUUUGUUUGGGCUUUCAAUCUACAAGUCCCAAGUAAAGAUAAUUAUAGUGCCAUUGCUUACUUUGUGGCCACAAAACCAGUCCCAGAGGGAUCUUUGAUGGACCAGUUCAUUAAAGGGGAUGACAACUUUAGAAAUUCAAGGCUUAAACUGAUUGCCAACAUUGUCCAAGGUCCUUGGAUUGUGAGAAAAGCAGUUGGGGAGCAGGCUAUAUGCAUAAUUGGGCGUGCUAUUUCAUGUAAGUACUCUGUAGGGGAGAAUUUCUUAGAAGUAGAUAUGGAUAUUGGAUCUUCCAUGGUGGCUAAUGCUAUAGUUCAUCUAGCAUUUGGUUAUAUCACGACAUUGACUGUUGACCUGGCUUUCCUCAUUGAGAGCCAAACUGAAGCAGAGCUUCCGGAACAACUAUUAGGAGCUUUCAGAUUUUCUGAGCUGAACCCUGCUUCAGCUCAGCUGGUAGAACCAGGGUUAGAUGGAGGAAGUGAUAACUUGCAGUCGUCUCUGCCAACACGUUUAUGGAAGUCACUUGGGCAGGGAUUUUCUCAGCUUCUGCAUCCCGGAGCUCAAGAAAGUUCCCCUGACUCAGUUCAUGUUAAUGGAGUUGUCAAUCAUAAAGAAGGUGAAGCCACUAUGAAAUGAUCAACCGGUAUUCCUGACAACAGCGCAUUUCUUGCUGUUGGGGACGAUUGAUUUAUUUGUUGCGGAUUUGUUGAUGUUACGAGCAUAUAUUAAUUACAGCAUCAACAACUUGAUUCCUAGCAAUGCCUACUAUUCUUAAUUUAUCAUUGCUUAGUUAUUAGAUUUUUAUCAUUUCAUACUGUUUAUAUAAGAUAUGCGGAGUAUAUGUGAAGUCUAGUACCAAGUUUCAUGUAAGUAGAGUUUGUUGAUUCCACAUCUUUGGAUUUCUGUUCUGUUGGAUAAAAGCAGCAGAAGUUCAGGGUUUUGAGCUAGAUUCUCUCCAUGGCUGAAAAAUAUAUAUCCCACUGCUAUUACAAUGAUAAAUACAGGUUAAGUUUCUACAAAUCAUCAUUGUAUAGGUAUCA